AUGGAGUUCGAAUCGAGUCUUAGACAAAAUCUUAGCUCCCAGAUUCAACAGGUUUGUUCAGAAAAUUAUGCCCAAAUCUGCAAGAAUGAUGAAUUAUCAUUCGAAAUUUUUGCAUCAAAAGGUAAUUAUCUGCAAGAAUUUCAUAACCUGGAUCAUUUUCAUCCCAUUGGUUCAUCGUCCAAUCAUCCUGUUAUGGAAGACGAAAAUCUGUGCAGUUUCGAUCCUUUGAAUCCAUACUCAUAUGGGUGUUCUUCGAAUAACAAUAUGGGCGUUGAAGAUUUGUAUGAUUUUAGUAAAGGUUGCACUACAGAUCAAAAUGGUGGGUGUGGGCAAGUGAUGGACAACUUCCAAAGUUGUGGAGAUUAUUAUUAUCAGAGGAAUCAAAUUGAGAUAAUGGAAUUAGAAAGAAACUCCAUGAUUCCAUUGAAUUUCCAAGAAAUAAAACCUGUAAAUUUCAUUGUAGCUGAUGAAGUGUCCUGCGUAACUUCAGGACAUGGCCAUAUCCAGAAAGCUAUCAUGAAUAAGAAUGCAACAUUUCCAUCUCUGUUAAGAACAUCUAAAGUUCGAAAGAAGCCUACUGUGAUCAAAGGCCAAUGGACAAUUGAAGAAGAUAGGCUUUUGGUUCAAUUGGUUGAACAAUAUGGAGUGAGAAAAUGGUCUCACAUAGCGCAGAUUCUGCCAGGAAGAAUAGGAAAACAGUGCAGAGAAAGAUGGCACAAUCAUCUCAGGCCUGACAUUAAGAAGGAUACAUGGAGUGAAGAAGAGGAUAGGGUUUUGAUUGAGGCGCAUUCAGAAAUCGGGAACAAAUGGGCGGAAAUAGCGAAGAGAUUACCUGGAAGAACAGAAAACUCCAUAAAAAACCACUGGAAUGCGACCAAGAGAAGGCAAUACUCAAAGCGAAAAUGCAGAUCCAAAUAUCCGAGGUGCUCUCUUCUGCAGGACUACAUCAAGAGCCUGAAUCUGGACUCCGUCGCCGCUCGCCACCAGAAGAAAAGCUCAGCCACCUCCGCCGUCAACAACACUAAAUCAAAAGUGGCCGAUCAUCAUCAUCAUCAAACGCAAACCACUGAGUUUUGCCCUAACGAUUGGACAGUUCCGAAUUUCGAUUUCAAGGACGAACCAGAGAUUUACCUCGACGAUAGUUUCUUUCCGGAAGGAUGUAGCAUCAACUCGCUCGUGGAAGAUAUUGCCGGCGCCUACGUUGACGACGCCAAUAAUUAUGAUCGGAAAAGAUAUAACGACAAUGAAGAAUCAGUUGAGUUUCGUCGAGUUGAAAUGGAGAGAUCGCAGUACCGUGCUCCGGUGAGUACGGCGGGCAUGGUGGCGGGAAUGGAGUUUGAAGUGAAGAAAGAACUUGAUUUAGUAGAAAUGAUGAUUCAAGUGAACGAAGUUAAUAACUUUAAAUAA